AUGGCACCCAAGUCUGCCCUUCCCGAUUUUUAUUAUUUUAUAUUUGCUGCCUACGAGCCCACUCUUUGCAUCCUUGGUUUCUUUGGAGCAUUAGCCGACCCGAAGAGCACUCAUGACGGUCAGGCUGCCUGGCCCACGGAUUCGCCACCGCCAGACGUCCUCCCUCGUGCCAGUCUUGUCACCGUCAUCCAGCUCGCCCACGUAUGCGCCCUCGUCGGCGUCAUCAACUUCUUCCUCCUCUCCGCCGUCCGGAAGCACCUUCAUGCUCUCCCAGCCCUUCAGGAAAAGUUUACCUUUGCCCUACUCUGCCCCCUAUUAAUCGGCGACUUGAUGCAUCUCUACCUAACCCUUUGGUCCCUGGGCGAACAGAAGUGGGAUGUCUGGAAUUGGAGCCCAAUGUUAUGGGUCACAAUAGGCCUCGGCAUGACUCUCCUCAUUCCUCGCAUCUGUUGGCAUCUGGGAAUUGGCCGCUAUGUUGACGCCAGGGAUGGAAAUUUCCCCAAGAUUUUUCAGAAGUAG